GCGACGCUUACCAUUUGCAGUUGUGCUUCCGUGCAGUGUGGUUCGCUCUUUCGCAGCAGCAAGACAUUCGUGUUCGUAUUACGUGCCGUCGUUUCGUGUCCCGGUGUUUCAGUGUUCUCCCGAUCAUACCCCAACUAGGGCCGAAUCAACUUUCAACUAGAACCAGAAAACCCCGCAAACCUCAACAAACGCAAGCGGUAGCCAUCCACCAGGAGCUAACAAGCAGUAUUCUCUGAACGUCCAAAAAAAAAAAACCCUCACCAACAGCAAAGAUGGAAGCUGCCGGACAGGAAAGCACUGCCACCUCGUACCCACGCGUCAAGCCCGACUUCAAGUCGGAGCUCGAAUCGUUCCGCACGGAGACGCUGGCCAAGGCGGACACGCAGGAGAAGAACUGUCUGCCGACCGCCGCCGACGUACAGAGCGAGAAGGCCCAGCGUAGCGUGAUCGAGGGCAUUGAGGGAUUCGAUGCAUCCCGUCUGAAGCACGCCGAAACGAAGGAGAAGAACCCGCUGCCGGAUGCGGAAGCUAUUCAGGCUGAGAAGGGCGUCCAGCGAUUCAUCGAAGGUAUCGAAUCGUUCGAUACUUCGCGCCUGAAGCAUGCCGAGACGCUGGAGAAAAAUCCACUGCCGACGCGCGAAACCAUCGAGGAGGAGAAGCGCGCCUAAGUGCGCACCAGCUUAGGGGGCAGCGCAUCCGCAAACACCAUCCGUGUCGUCGUGUUAAUUUAGGGCACAACGCACACACGCGGAGCGCGGCGCAUAGAAAAGGGGCGCAGAAUUGGUUGGGGGCGGCAACAGCAACAGCAACAGCAGCAGCAACAUGACAAGACACAGAGAAGAGUACGAUCCAGCAGCGGUAGUGGUAGGCAGAACUUGACAACACGGAAAAGCUUCAUCAUCCUGUGGACAGGAGCCCAACAGGCAUGCGAAAAGAUCGAUGCGAUCGUACUGCGAAAGGAGAAGACAUCGGACACUACCACCACCACCACACCAUCAUGAUGGGAGACAUUUGAUGUUCCUUCUUCUCCUUCGCCCGAAGGAGGAUAUACAUUUAUGAUUGCUGUCUACGCCUCCCCGGCCACACAUUCGCCCCGCAAUCCGUUCUUCUCCUCCAUCAUGCCUACCCGACCUACCUCUUCGGCAGUAUUUUCCAACCCCCAAAUAUCCUUCCUCUAAAUUAAUUUCUGGAAAUAUUGUAUCUGGUCAUCUCUAAACCUUACAUCUAAACCUGCUAAGGAGCCUCUCUGUCUCUCUCUAAUACCACUAUGCAAAAAACAUGUCAGCCAAGCCUGAAAGGGCUCAACGAAAAAAAGAAAAAACGGAGAGGGAAACCAAAACCAAGAAACAAUUGUUAUAUUGCGAAUGCUUCCUGUGUUGUUUUAAACGAGAUCCAUCAUCUGCUAGACGACUUCGAUCAGUCUUCGAUCUAAAACAGCAAACCAAUACACGUUCCUUCCAUAAUGGCGAUCGGCAGCAAGCACAGAAUAGCAAAUUGAACGUCCGACUGCGCGCUGGCGUAAAGGGGACGGACAGCAUUUAUAAAACGCAUUUACACAAUCACGUCCUCUACUUACCCUCUCAACUCCAGUCGAUCAGGAGCAGAACAGCUAUUAGCAAUGGUGAGGGUGUUGGGACUGAUUGAUAUGUUUUUCAAUUUUAUAACACAAAAAAAAGGAACAAGAAAUGUAGACGGAAGUAUAGAAAAAAAAAGGAUGAAAAAAAGGGAACAAGGAAGAAAAGAACCAAUAGAAGAGCAAUAGUAACAGCAGCAUAAAGCACGAAGAGAGAUAGACACAGAUUCAAUGUUAACCCAUGCUUUUUUUGUACGUUUUGUGCGGGUAGGGAUGAUGGAUGAGCGGUGCGAUGAUUUACUUAUAGAAAUAAUAAUUAUUAUUUAACAACAAAACACAUAAACACACACACACAC